AUAAAAUAAAGAUGAAAGUGAUUCAAAAUCCAACUCAAUAUUUUUUUGAACAAUCUAAUAAUCCAUCAGAUGAAUAUCUCAAUAAGAUUGAUGCCUUCAUCGGAAAAUUGAUUAAUCAAAAAUAGUGUCUAUUAUGCAAAUAGGAUUAUAACAUCAAAGAUAGAUUACCUAGAAUACUUAUUCAUUGUGGGCAUACUAUUUGUACAUAAUGUCUAGGUAAUUUUUAUAGGUUAGUUUUAUUUUAUUUAUGAGUAGAAACAGAAGAGUUCGAUGUCCACUCUGUUUGAAAUUAGUUAAACAUCUUGAUUCAAUAGAUAGAUUACCUGUAUCAAUUUAGUAUUACAUUUAGAUUAAUCAUACAAUCUUUACAAAGAUGGCUGAAGAGAUUAAUAAAAAGAGUAGAUUUCAUGGAGGCACUGACGUGAUAGAUCCACAAUAAUAUUUAUUCACUCAAUUUCAAUAAUCGGCAGUCUAAGCAUAGAAAAUAAGACAACAACAAUAGAACCAAUACCCUUAGAUUGAUCCUGAUUCAGGACUUGAAUAUUGUGAAUUUCAUAAUGAUAGGGUAAAACAUUUCUUUUGCAUGAAACAUAAAGUCACUUGUUGCAGAGCCUGUUCUGAAAUGAUUCAUUAAAAGAAAGUAAUCAUUAUUUGAAUCUCGAAGGAUUGCAUUGUUGUAGAUCUUUAUGAAAUUGAGGAUGUUCCAGCCUUCUUGAAUGAAGCCUACAAAUUAAAUCAAGAAAAAAAUUGUGAAAAUCAAAAUAUUGAAUUUUUACCAGGUAUUCUUUUCUUUUGAUUAGAUGAUGAUAAUAAUGUUAAUGAUGAUUAUUUAGAGGGUGAGUUUGCUCAAAAUGAAAGUCUAUAAAGCAUAUGA